AUGCUUCCAGAGCCCACUGCCGUCUCGCAAUCUCCUUUCACCAACGCCAGCCCCGCCGCUUCUACAACCUCUUCCCAGCAUGGCAAUGACCAUCGUUGUGAUGAACCGGUCCUCGACAUUCUUCCCCGCGAAGAUGUCGGAGACCGGCACUUCAACGACGCGUCGAGCGAUUUGCCGCCUUCCGCGCCAGCAGGAGGGGGAGUGCAUGGUAGGAUCCAAGAGCCGCUGCUGCGACGACUGAGCAACGAUGCAGUUCUUGCAUCAUCGCCAUUAUCGACUCACUAUGAGCCUCACAGCGAUGAUUUAGAGGAAGAUGUCCCGCAGUCUUCUCCGGCGCAAAAUGAGUCAAAGUCAAAGGUUUAUGUCUUGCGAGCCAACCCACGCCAAUCCCUCGCAGAUCUCCCCAACGAGGUUCUUACCCACAUUCUCUCCCACUUACCACCGGCUGCCUUGACAGCCAUAACACUCGUGUCCCGUCGAUUCCAUACGCUAGUCACAACCCCGCAUGCCUGGAGAAUUGCGUUCGCGCGCUAUUUCCCGGGCCCCAGCAGCAUUGAGGAAGAUAUUUCUUCUGAUGGUUGGGUGUCGGACAGGCGCUCGUUCACUAGAUUGACAGCUUUAGCCUCCUGGCGCAGUGAAUAUAUUCUUCGAACACGACUUUUGCGCUCUCUCGCUAGGGGAAAACCGGCAACUCCGUCCUCCCCUGGCAGGCAUAAUGCUCGUGCUGGUGGUAUCCAAGCUGGAUCGGCUCUUGCGACUUAUACGUCCCAGCUUCUUUACCCUGUUAGUCAUAUUGAUGCAUUGUUCACUCCUAACAAUGGCAAAAAAACUCCUCUUCUCAUUCACGGAGCGGCAGAGCAAGGUGUUGCUUCAAUGAGCGACCCUUCUGCCGCUAAGACGGGCCCUUGGGGUCUCACUGCCCGUCGACUUUUCCAGCACUUUGCAGAUCUGUAUACUGGUGAAGCUGAGUAUGGCUUGGGAUCCGGUGACAUGAUUGGACUCCCGAAUUCUAUGGACGUAAGUCAGCCUUAUGGCAUGAUAUACGGUGAAGGAUGCCCCCAAGGCCGGAGCUACUUCCUCUCAUCUGGCGAACAACGAGGUCGCUUCCUCAGUUAUUCCGAGCUCGACUCAGAACCCGCAGCAGGUAUUCCUGCUCUCAACAUGAUUACGACUGGCGUUAGUUCGGUAUGGAUUGCCAAAUCCCCCAAUGUUUUGAAGAUGACAAACAGCAUGAUCGGUAUUCUGUCUGGCUCGUCAUCAGGUAUUUUGACAGCAUACUCUCUUGGAACAAGUCCCGUACAUGACCGCCGCUUUGACCGUGGCCAAGUCACCGCCAAAUGGGUACUUAGUCCGGGUGUGCCCAUUAUUUCCAUCGUCGUAGAUGAGAAUUUUUCGGCAAGUCGAUAUUCUACUCGCCGUAUUUGGGCUACUGUCUUGAACGCCUUAGGCGAGGUUUAUUAUUUAACCGAGCUUCCAACUGUUCCUGAAGUUCCUCCCAAAGCUUCGCCUGAACAACUUGAAAGACUGGCUUGGAAGGCCGGUCGUAGUGUUCGCUGGGAACUUGUUGAGGCCACCCACCGUGUUGCUAGACCGGAUCCGUUCAACAGAGAGUUGGUUGAUGGCAGUUAUAGUCCACGCUCCUCUACUGAUUCCAUGGGCCUAAAUGAUAGCCAGAUUGCAGCGGAAACUAAAGAGAUUGAGAAGUUUCUUGCGUUUAAACCCAGGCAUUUCCGCAAAGUUUGUGAAGGUUGGGACAUGCGAAGACAGCUCAAAGUCGAUUUUGCUGGUGACGAUUUGAAUGGAGCCGGUGAAAAUAUUUUCAUCGUCAAUUGCGGGUUUGACCAAAACCAGCGUGCUUCAAUCCGCCGCUACGUCCGUCAGAGGACGCCAGUUGAGGAUGUGAUGGCCAUUCUUGAAACCCCUUCAAAACUCUCGAGCUCGAAGCCUCCAGCUUCCUUGUUUGGUGGACCAAGCACGCCCCAGAUACCUAGAUCUGCUAGUCUGCCUCGGUCUAGAGCUUCAAGUCAUGUUAAAUAUGGCAUCCCAAGUACUGCCAAUACCGAGUGGAAAGCAACCGAUUUUGUCUUUGGUGGUUCUAAAUCACUUCAGUUGACCGCAACUGCGGUUGAUAUGUCCACCCUAGCACUUCUCACCGUGGCCGAGGAUCCUCUCCUUGGGAUGUCAAGUUCCUCCGCCAUGUCGUCUCCCCUUUCUUCACCGUUGCCACAUAUGGAUACCUCGCUUUCUGAAUCUGGAGUGCCUGGGCAACGAUCCCGUCUCUUCGCUGUAGGUACCGACACUGGUUCCAUUUAUGUUUGGAACAUGAGGGCACCAACAAGCCGUACUUCUGGAUUGGUGAAUACGGUCUCUCCAAUCCGAAUAAUUCAUACAGAAUCGCCUCAAAUUUCAUGUCUUGCGUUGACAUCUUUGUAUCUGGUGCAUGGUGGAAAUGACGGGUUAGUUGAAGCUUGGGACCCGUUGGCCUCAACAACUCGGCCAAUCCGUACAUUACACUCUAGAUUCUCGUCUCGUGCCCGUCGUCGUCUCAUCCAGGCAGAAGCAUCUAUUCUAGGAGUUGGAAAUAAUUAUUUUGCCGCAGGUGCAAUCUGUCUGGAUCCAGAUCCCACCGUACUACGAGGUGUUGUGUCUCUUGGGACACAUGUUCGGUACUGGUCGUACAGCUCGUCUGCUGCCGACGAGUACAAGACCAACAAACGUCGUCUGCGGCGAUCUCAUCGAGGCAGUAAUGCGUCUGCGGAUGGUCAGCGCUUCAGCAGCACUGGUCGGAAUGCUCUGAAAGAUUUCAUUGAAGAUGAGCACGAGGAAAUGAAACGACAGUUUGUCGAGGAUCAGAGGCAAAGGGAGCACUUCAGUCACCGAUUUGGAACAGACUUGCUUGGGCCCGACGCGACCGAAGAGGAACUCCUUGCUUAUGCUCAGCUGCUGAGCACAGAGAGCUGGAACAGCGACGCAACUAAACGUAAAGACAGUGGAACUAGUACUAUGGCCAGCAGUGUUUCUAGUGAUACAAUUGCGGCUCAAAAUAGCUCUUUCCCGCCGCGCGAGUUUUCGUCAUCAUCUUCACCGGCUCUCGAGACUGUCGAAGAAGAGCUUGCUCCUGACAUUGCGGAAGCCAUACGCUUAAGCUUACUUGACGAGACCCCGAGCUGGUCCGACAAGCAAACUGCAAGCAGUUCAAUUCCAAUUAAGUAUGGCAAGGGAGCAAAGUUCGACCGCAGUCGACCAGCCAGUUCCCCGCCGGAGCCCGAGAGCAGCAAUCAACAGGAAAUGGAUGAUUUGGAGUUUGCCAUCCAGUUGAGUCUCGCCGAGGAGCAGAGUCGUGAGCAGGCUAGUGUCCAGCAGGACGAGGAAUUUCCGGCAUUGCUGUCCAUGACAUAUGGCAAUUCCAGUUUUGAGAGGAACAAGGGAAAAGGAAGGGCGUAG